AUGGCUUUCUGUCUUCCACAAGAUCAAGGUAUUUUACCAUACUGGCUACUCUUCAACGCCAUCAUCAGUUUCUACAACUCCGCCCAAUGUUUUUUCUCCCUCCCUGCCACCCGAAAACUCUUUUUUGGUCCACACUCCACCAUCCCAUCUUCCACUUCCACUUCCCCUAAAACCUCCCCUCCAUCUUCUCAUGAAGCAACCGCCCUCUUUGCCCGCACCUUCGGCUGCUACACUCUUGUGAGUGGUAUGCUUCGUUUGAUUACCGCUUACAAUCUUUCCUCUCCUGAACUGUAUUUCCUUACUUUAUGGGCUUAUGUGGUGAUAACAGGCUUUUGGGGAGUGGAAUGGUUAUAUUUCGGGACUGUGGCUUUUGGGCCUGCGUUAUGCGCGAGUAUUGUUAUAGAUGGGGGAGGGGUGAUUAUGAUGUUGUGGGGAUGGGGUAAAUAUUAG